GUCAACGUCAGUGUCAAAAAUAAAAAAACGGCAAAGGAAUUAUUUUAUUAAAUUGUAUUUUCAUUUUUUAUAAAUUAUAAAAUUCUGUUCAAAUUUACAGAAUUUCUACACACUUACAAAAUAAUGGCAUCCUCAAUUAACAGAAUUAUUAUAAUUGUAGGGUUCAUAUCAUUGUUCCACUCAGCAUUUUCUGCUGCACAACACCGUUCAUACCUUCGAAUAACAUCGCAAGAAUUUACAGCGUUACCUCUAGAUAUCAUCAUUCAAGCUGUAGUAAGCUUAUUUGCAGUUAUUUGGGGAGUCAUAAAUGUUUCUGGAAAGCUCCGAGAGAUCCCGGCAGCAAACGAGCUGAAUAAUAUAAAAUGGGAGACUCAACGCAAUCUACCUUCAUUCUACACAUUCAACCAUAGAGGGAGAGCCUUAGCUUUCGACUUCACACCUACACCCAAUAAAGGAGAGUUGGAGAAUUUAGAAUAAUGCGCUAAUAUUUAAGUAUUUGUGUAUAUUAUGAUGGAUAUAAGUUAUGAAUAUAAAUUAUUUGAACAUUUAA